UUUUAUAUAUUUGAACAAGACAUGCCAUUCAAUUCUAUUGUCCCUGGUUAUUUUCGAUUUAAAUUAGUUUGUCAUUUUCGUUGUUAACAUUACCAUUCCGGUUGGAACCGUCUAACCAUUUCAAAAAAACAUGUCCUCGUCGAUCGAAUUUAUUGAACGGUAUGAAGGCACUAAAAGCAUUUACGUGCGUAAAAAUGAGAGCAAAGUUGAUCGUAUCAAGAAACUGACUCAUCUUCAUUUGAAUGGAAAGCGAAUCGAAAAAAUUGGCGAUUUAUCCAGUUGUAGUCACCUCAAAGUGCUAUAUCUACACAACAAUGCCAUCCUUAAAAUAGAAAAUCUAACAAAAUUAACGCACCUGACACAUCUCUACUUACAAUGGAACCAAAUUGAUCGAAUCGAAAACCUUGGCUCAUUGAAAAGUCUGCGAACCCUUUUUCUUGGGAACAAUCGAAUAUCACGACUAGAAAAUUUGGCAAAACUAACCAAUUUAGAAGAGUUACACAUCGAAAGGCAACGAUUGAAUGAAGGAACCGAAUUUUCAUUUGAUCUUGGAUGUCUUGAUGUCCUAUCAAAAAAACUGCGAGUACUUAACGUGACAGGAUUGGGACUCGUCAAUUUAGAUUUUUUGCCUACUCUACAAUGUUUAAACGAACUGAUUGCCGCCGAAAAUAAAUUUGAAUGUCCAACAGAAAUUGGUGAAAGUAUACGUGGCCUUCCUGUACUACGAAAAGUUGAAUUUGCAGGAUGUCCUGCACAAAAGGACAUUCACUACAAGGAAAAGAUAAUGGCUAAAGCACCCACAAUUGUGGUGUUGGAUGGUAAAGAGCUAUCCGGCAAUACAAGGACAUUUAUUCAGAACAUGCAAGAUAGAGGUGGAAGAAAAACCGAAAGCAACAGUCUCGAAGUGACUCCAACGAAAAAAAUGUUUCCAAACGAUUUGUCUCUCACGUCAUUUUCCUUCGAUCCAAGUUAUUGCACACAAAUCGAAUCGAUUGCAUAUCAGUCGUGGAAUGGUUUGCAUCCGAAAAACAUUGCCAAAAAGAUCACCAAGCAAUCUAAUUCCCCUUCGUCGAAGCAGGAAUUGGAAUUCGAGACGAGAUCGGUAGAACUGCUACAAGGAAGGUUGGUGCCGGCCGCACGCCCAAGAAAAUCUUGAGCUUCUUUUGUAUUUUUCGACGAGCUUUUUGGUGUAAAAUUUGCUCGUAAACACAGACUUUUCAUAAUAAAAUUUC